GCUACGUACCAUUCCCGAUUCUCGCUUGUAUCUUUACUAAAAGGGGGGGGGCCUUCGAGCCAGUCAUGGUCACGUGAGAUGCGUUUGGCGCUAAACCGCUCCUGGAAGCUCACGACUUCGACCUACUGGUAUACCCAGACUGCGACGAGACCAAUUGACCGGGAACGCCAAACCACCACCAUGGCGACCUCAGUCCUCGGCAGAUUCCUAUUGCCCUCAGCGCGCAUGUCCUUCUCCAUAUCCGCCAAAAAAGUCGCAUCACCCACGCCAUCUCUACGAAGAAAUUUCUCCGCAACCCCAACACCAUUCGCAACAUACAACCAAGUCGUGAAGGUAUGCCUGCGCAAACCACCUGUCCCUAGGCGCAUGGAAGUUUACAUGCUAAUAUUUUGAAUAGGGAUGUCGAGUCCAACAACGUGCCCGUAAAGCCGUCUCCCCCGCUCUGCAUGACGCCAAAGCUCCCGAAUUAAAGGGCGUCUGUCUAAAAGUCGGCGUCACCUCUCCCAAGAAACCCAAUUCGGGAAAACGAAAGACGGCAAGAGUAAGGUUGAGCACCGGAAGGAUUGUCACUUGUUAUAUUCCCGGUGAGGGUCAUAAUGUGCAGCAGCAUUCGGUGGUGUUGGUUCGUGGGUAAGUGAGACUCUAUUCUGUCUUAAAAUUGAGGGUUGGAAUUGGGACUCAUUUUUGGUGAAUUUAGCGGGAGAUCGCAGGAUUGUCCUGGUGUGAGAUAUCGUUUGGUCAGAGGCGCUUUGGAUCUGGGUGGUGUUGGAAAUAGAGUUACGAGUCGAUCAAAGUAUGGCGCGAAGAAACCGAAGAAGGCUGCUGUGUAGAGAAUUGGCACGAACGAGAAUCGUCGAAUAUCAGAAGCGGCGAACAGAUUCCGGCUAGGUAUGGGCUCUGCAUGUCUGGCGUUGAGAGGGAAUUUUCGGUGCAUUUGUAUGUACCAAUAUAUAUAUUGUACCAAUAAAGGAGGGGGGAUUGCGGGCUGCGAUUGAGGAAAAUGGAUGGAAAGGGCCAUUUCAAGUUUAUAGGUGCAGCUGCCGGAAUUCUACUGCAAAUACUUAUCUUUUAUGGCUUACAACAACUUGGAAAAGCAAAGUUCGUAAGUACUUUUGGGGAUUGUUGGGUUGUUGGGCUGAACGGCUAGUCAAACAAUGAGAUGUCUGCAAGAGACAUUUGGCUGGAUCAACUUCUGUUGUUGCUAGGAAUCAAGAUGCUGCCUAUUUCAAGGUUGGGGAACAUGCGGGUUAUCAAAAUCAUAUUUCUUCGUCUGGUUGGCUCGGUUGCAUUGUAACCUUCCAUCCUCUUUUAGCAAGUUGUAUACCAACUUCAGCUGUUAAUGCUGAUGAAAUAACAUGAAUGACCUUAAUAUACAAUAUCCC